AUGACUUUAAGCGAAAGUAAUAGCAAUUAUACAGAAACUUUAGAGGAGACCACAACCAUAAUAGUUCAACCUUCUUCUCCUACUCCCUCAAACUCCUCUUCUACAAGUACCACCAAAAAAGAAAAUGAGGGUACAAAUGGAAGUUCAAGUUCUUCAAAUAGUACUGUAGGAGGAGGAAAAUCAGCAAAGAAUGUACCUAGUUCUACACCAGCAAUAAAUAUUUUUUCAAAUGAUGGUAGUUUCUUGGAUAGAUUCAAAAAAAUGAAGGCCGAGGAGGAUGAAAAAAAGAAACAACUUGAGGCUUUAGAAAGAAAGAAGGCUUUUGAAGAUCGAAUUAAAAACCGCGGAAAACGUAAGAAUCAACCUACGGAUGAAGAGCCGGAUUCUAAACGCGUUAUUCUAGAAGACAAUGAUCGUGAAGAAGUACUAGAUCCAAAGGCUAAUGCAUAUUUAAAGGAAAUGCAAAAAUAUAAUGAAAGAUUAUGUAAAGAUGAUGCAGGUCAUGUUCGUCCGUUGGUAAAAUAA